GCUGGGAGCAGCGAUGCUGGAGGUUUAGCGUGUAUCUAGCCUUACACCACCCACCCCUUUUAUGCAGGCUUUUUUUUUUUUUUGUAUUCGACAAGCAGUUAUGUUUUGCUUUUGACAGGACUCGGAGAGGCAUGUCCCUGUGACGCAAUGCUGUGAGGGCGUGCGGUGACGGAAAAGGCGCGCCAGACAAACUCUGGGGCAGCAGGGCUGAGGGCCCACACUAGCAGUACCUAGCGCUGUACUUCACCACGUUUAAACAUGACCCCUGGUUUUUCCGCAAACAACAACAACCCCUCUGCAGAAAGAGCUUUGGAAAUCAUGGCGCAGAACAACGCGAGCUACAUCAAAGAAUCGCCCGUCGCCGGCAACGGCCUGUUUGCGAAAAAGGCCAUAGACACGGGCGGCCUGAUAUUUUCCAUCCCGCGGCCUCUGGUCGCCGCCCUCGACACCAGCCGGCUGCUGGACACGUGCGCCAACUGCUUCGCGUGCAACGACAUGAUCGGCUCGAGCGAGGGGCUGGAUCUCAAGGCGUGCACGGGGUGCAACAUCGUCAAGUUUUGCGGCAAGGCGUGCCAGACGGACUCGUGGAAGCGCGCGCACAAGUUCGAGUGCCCCGUCUUCCGCGAGCUGGAGCGCAGCGGGCGGCUGCCGAACGCGGUGCGCGCGGGCAUGGAGCUGCUGGCCAGGCGCAAGAACGGCCGCUUGUCCGACGCGCAGUGGGACGAGCUGAUGCGGCUGGAGACGCAUCUCGACGACCUGCGCGCCAGGGACGACUGGGAGACGCACGAGGUGCUGGCCAUGGGCGUGCUGAAGUACUCGAAGACCGAGGGCACGUUUGACGUCGAGACGGCCCAGGGCGUGUAUGCCAGGGUACGUACUGCCUAAGCGGCUAGAGGGACGGACACUGAUUGACGCGUACGUACCCCAGAUCCUGACCAACAGCCUCACCCUCGUAACCUCCAUCAUGGACCCCCUCGGCCUCUCGCUCGACCCCUACCCCUGCACGGCGAACCACUCGUGCGCGCCCAACGCCUUCGUGCUCAACGACGGCGCGACGCUCGUGCUGCGCGCCAUGCGGCCCAUCGCCCAGGACGAAGAGCUCUUCGUCUCGUACAUUGACGGCAGCAACCCCUUCCACAAGCGGCAAGCCGAGCUGCUCGACCGCUACUACUUCACCUGCAAGUGCGCCAAAUGCACGCAAGGCCCCACAGGCGCCGAAGACGCCUUCGCGCCACUCACACCUGCGCAAACCGCGCAGCUGCCCUCGCUCACGCGCGCGCUGCCCUUCGACACGCCCGCCCCCGCCCCUGACGCCCCGGCCGAGGAGCACCUCCGCGC